AUGUUGGUGCACUACGUCGACGCCUUUAUGAGAGCGGCUCUCAGCGAGGCCGAGAUGGCGCUUGAGGAGGGCGAAGUUCCAGUAGGAUGCGUGCUGGUGCGCACGGACGCCAACGAAGCAGCAUACAUGAAGUUUGCGCUGCAGUCGCCAGAUGCGAUUACCGGUGCAUCACCUCACACGGCCUCGUCGCUCAGCGAUGACCAACUAGUGGAGUCCUGUAUCGCUGCGCGCGGUCGUAAUCAAACCAAUCUACAACAUCAUGCGUUGGCCCAUGCCGAGUUCAUCGCCGCUGAGCAGCUGAGGGAUGCUGCAACGAGGGGCGGUGAUGCCAGCGCGGGUGCGAGCGCUAGUGAAGCAGGUGCUGCUGGAGGAACGAAGGACUUGGUGGAGUUAGCGAAGGAAAAUCAGCUGACCUCCUCGUCGACAGUCACGCCUCUGUCGGACCUGGCUGAGUACGUGCUCUACGUCACCGUGGAGCCGUGCGUGAUGUGCAGCGCAAUGCUGCUGUACAACCGCAUCGAGCACGUCUUUUUCGGGUGCCGCAACCCCCGCUUUGGCGGCAACGGCACGGUGCUGGCCCUGCACACACCGCUGUGUCUGCACGAGCCUUCAGAACCAGCUCAACCAGCAGCCCAUGGGCCACGCCUCGUGGACACAUCAAAGCGCUCGCCCAGCGCUCAUGAAAAUGGGAGCGAGUGUAGUGGGGCGUGGUGGCCCGGGUACGUGAGCGAGGGCGGCCAUACGGAGGCAGAAGCCAUCAGCCUCCUCCAACGCUUCUAUGAGCGGGAAAACCCCAACGCACCGGGGCACAAGCGCCGCCGGAAGCCUUGA